AUGGUCAGGUACGCGGCCGCUCAGCUCUACCAAACAUUACACGUCUCCCACGUCCGACACCCUCACACUGUCACGCCCAAGAUGCUCGUCUCCCUCACAGUCGGAAAGGUCGAUGCUGGAGUAGCAGUGCUACUGACAGAAGACAAGCGUCUCAUUGAGUUCCCUUCUAUAUUGCUACCCCCCGACAUCUCGUCGGGCUCCAUGGUGGAUAUCGAUGUUGGAAGAAACUACAAAGCCGAAGCCGACGCCCAGAAAGCCUUCCAUGAGCUCCAGUCGGAGAUCUUCCGCACCUUUGGCCAGCGCACCCCCUCAGCCCCCGUCCUCAAAUGCCGCAAUGCCACGCAAACCUCAGUUGUCCUCGAGUGGGACCCUAUCGAUAUCGCGACCGCCGAAUUGCGCAGCCUCACACUAUACCGCAAUGGCAACAAGGCAGGCACAAUACCCAAGCCCAGUGACGUGCACAGCACCAAGCUGAGUGGUCUGGCUGUCGACACGGAAUAUCAGUUCCAUUUGGUCCUCAAAACGAGCGCGGGCACUUUCAGCAGCGAGAAGCUCUUGGUACAAACACACAAGAUGACGGACUUGUCUGGUAUCACCAUCACGCCUGGCCACAUGCCUGCGGCUCUCCGAGAGUCUCUGCAGCGGUCCGUGGAAAGAAUCGGCGCCAAGAUUGCGGACAAUGUGCGCAUCGACACCACGCACUUCGUAUGUACCGAAGGCAGAGGACCUGCAUGGGAGAAGGCGGUCGAGAACAACAUACCUGUAGUCGUUCCAGAUUGGGUCAUAGGCUGCGAGAGGGAGGGCAGGAUCGUCGGUGUGAGGGGUUACUACCUGAACGCGGACCCUAGGUUACGAAGCGUCGGUCCAGGAGGCUCCCAGCAACCCGCCCAGCAAUCACAACAGCAGCCUCAGCAACAACAGCAGCAGCAACCCAGAAGUCCCAUCAUGAGCCCGCGCACCGAGGUGACACCACCUACACCCGAGCAACCGAGGCGUGACCGCGAUACCGACGGUGCAGCACCACCCCCUCCGCCACCCAAAGACGACGUUAGCGAGAAGAGUGAGCGAAACUCAGUGGAACCGAAGACGCAGACAGAAGAACAGAAGGCUCGAACCGAGGAUCUCAAGCCGCAAAAUGGGAAGGAAUCACAGCAAGAGGAUAGCGAGGAGGACGAAUCUGAGCCUGAGCCAAACGACGAGAAGUCCCUGGAAGCAAGCUUACCACAGAGACCAAAGCCAGGCCAAGCAUCAGCUGAAGACGAUGGCGAUGGAGCCAGUUUUCAAGAUGUGGAAAUUUAG